AUGCCAAGAUUCUUCGGUGGCAGCCGUGGGUCUGUAGAAAAAGAACCUGAUCAGUUCGAAAUCCUAGACCAGGAUACAAACGUCUCAGAUAUAAACCUUGCAGAAAGAUAUGCAAGAGAUACUCAAUCAGAUGAAAGGAGCAAACCAAGGCAUAGAAAUGUGCACAGCUAUUACCAGAAUUGGAUAGAUUCGUUCAAAAGAGCUGAACCGGUUGGCGAAAGAAGACGUAGACGUGCUCAACAGGAUAUCAGUACCACAAAUAUCAAUAACAUGAAUAAAGGUGAUGAAAGUGAUUUCUAUAUGGGUAAUGGAGGCGAACCUUCCACAAAUAUCGAUACCGCUUAUGAUAUGAAUUCUAAUGAAGUCGAUCCUAAUAAUAAGAAAAAUGAAAACAUUUAUGCGUUAAAUGAUGAUUUGGAAGAUGGUACGACGUCUAUUGCUGCCUCAGAGGAUAUGCCCAAAAAGGGUGGGAUGAAGGCUAGACAUGUCAUCAUGAUGACUUUGGCAACUGGUAUCGGUACUGGUCUAUUGGUUGCCAAUGCUAAAUCUCUUCAUUUUUCGGGUCCAGCAGGGCUAGUGGUCGGUUAUUUCAUGGUUUCAUUUGUCACUUAUUUCGUCGUUCAAGCCGCCGGUGAAAUGGCUAUCGCUUAUCCCACUUUACCCGGUGGGUUUAAUACUUAUCAAUCAUUAUUUAUCUCCAAACCAUUUGGGUUUGCCACUGUUUGGAUCUUUGCAUUAAAUUGGUUAACCAUUCUACCUUUGGAAUUGAUCACUUCUUCCAUUACUGUGAAAUAUUGGACCACUUCCAUCAAUCCAGAUAUUUUCGUCCUGAUCUUUUAUUUGUUUUUAUUAUUUGUUCAUUUCAUAGGGUUACGUCUUUAUGCAGAAGCUGAAUUUUUUUUCAAUUCUUGUAAAAUUUUGAUGAUUACUGGGUUCAUUAUUUUCUCCAUCGUGGUUAAUUGUGGUGGUGCAGGCCAUGAUGGUUAUAUCGGAGGGAAGUAUUGGCACGAUCCUGGCCCAUUCGCCUCCGAUAAUGGUGCUGCUAGAUUCAAAGAAGUUUGUUACGUUUUGAUUAAUGCUUAUUUCUCUUACGGUGGUACUGAAUUAUACGUUCUUUCCGUUAAUGAACAAGAAAAUCCAAGAAAAGCUGUCCCUGUCGCUGCAAAGACUUCUGUAUAUCGUGUCGCAAUCAUUUAUUUAUUGACUAUGAUUUUGAUUGGGUUUAAUGUUCCAUACAAUAGUCCAGAUUUGAUGGGGAAUGCUAAUUCCAAAGAUGCCUCUCCUUAUGUCUUGGCUGCUCAAAUCCAUGGUGUCAAAAUCGUGCCUCAUUUUAUUAAUGCUGUUAUCUUACUUUCAGUCAUUUCAGUCGCAAAUAGUGCUUUAUUUGCUGGCCCAAGAUUAUUAGCCACUUUAGCAGAACAAGGGUUUGCGCCAAAAUUCUUAACUUAUGUCGAUAGAGCAGGUAGACCUUUAUUGGCUCUAUGUGUUUGUUCCUUGUUUGGUGUCAUCGCCUUCGCUGCUACUUCUAAAAAGGAAGAUGAAGUUUUCACAUGGCUAGCCGCCAUUGCCGGGUUAAGUGAAUUGUUUGCAUGGUCAGGUAUCUUAUUAUCACAUAUCAGAUUCAGGUGGGCCAUGAAAUAUCAUGGCAAAUCCAUGGAUGAAGUUGGAUACAAGGCCAUCACUGGGAUCUGGGGCAGUUAUUACGGUCUUUUCUUCAAUUUAUUGGUGUUGAUCGCUCAAUUCUGGGUUGCUUUAAGUGCUCCAGGCAGUGGUGGCCAAGUCACAGCAAUUUCCUUUUUUGAAAGUUAUUUGGCCUUUGUCAUUUGGGUAUUCUUUUAUUUAUGUUAUAUGAUCUAUAAUAAAGAUUGGACCAUCUUGAUCCCAUUGAAAGAUAUUGAUGUUGAUUACCAAAGAAGAAUAUAUGAUGCUGAUUUCCUAAGACAGGAGAAGGAGGAAAGUUAUGAAAAAUAUAAACAAUCCAAUAUUGGUAAGAAAAUCUAUGCAUGGUUGUGGACUCUUUAA